GCAAUGACCUGCGGGCCCCAGAAAAGCAGGUCAGUCUCUUUCUGAGCAGAUCGAUCCCGAGAUCUAGAGCGAGCGAGCGAGCGAGGGAGAUGGGCGACGACGCUGCGGCGGCUGGGUCGUCGGUGCUCGGCCGCGCGGUGGAGGAGGUGCGCUCGGCUCUCAACGAACACGCCGACGUGGUUGCCGACCUCUUCGGUCGCGUCUCCUCCGAACUGCGCACCGGCUUCGCCCCCGCCGUCGACUCUUUCAUCGGCUUCUUCCACGCCGUCGACUGGAAGGAGCCUUGGCUAAUCAGCAUACUAACUUUCCAUGCCAUUCUGCUACUGGUUACCAUCAUCUCGAGGAGGAAUGUCAAUUUCCAGCUCAUCUUGUCAGCUCUAACAUUCUCUGGUGUAUUCCUUGCUGAGAGAUUAAAUACAUUCUUGGGGCAAAACUGGAAGAGCUUCUCCACCCAAAAUUAUUUUGAUCCCCAAGGCCUCUUCAUUUCAGUCAUCUGGUCUGGCCCCCUCCUAUUGAUAACAAUCCUUAUUUUGGUGAACACUCUUGUGACACUCUGCAUGCUAAUUGUAAGGUGGAAAAGGGCAGAGCUCAGGCAUCGUGCUCGGCAGGCUCGUAACAAGCAGGACUGAUCUUGACCUGCAUCUAUGUAAUUUGGUGGCUAGUAGGAAAGUCGGCUUUCUUGUGGCAAUUGGUCUAACCGAGAAUCAUGUUCCUGGAACGCGGUGUUCAUUUAGGUAGCAGAAUAUAACAAUCAGAGUUGGUCAGAUUUUGCUCUUGUGGACCUUUUGGUGCACAGAUGACCAUUCAUUACCCUAUAAUAUGUAAUAUUAUCACGUCACAUGAUUUCUUUGAGCGAGGACACUAGGCCUGUGAUAUUGAUGUUGCUCAUUUGUUCGAUGCUAAGCCUUGGAACUGCUUGAUAAUUAUUUUUUUUCUAGUUGUGUCGGGUUGGUUACAGCAACUUUUGAUUGUUGAUUACCUGAAGAAUACUUCAGAACUGCUGAAUUUUAUCCAUCUUUACACCCGUUGUAAUC